GAUUUGCAUCCCACUGAGCAAAUGUGAACCUCUUAUGAAGAUUCUACAUCCCCGGAACAUGACAAACGAUCAAAAAUCACAGUACCGGAACAAACUAUGCAACAUUAAUCCUUUUGCCCACGAGCUAGUGCACAUGGUUUUUACCUGCUGCCCGAUGGUUGCAGGGGAUAAACUACCAGAUAGCAGGGUCUGCGGACAGAGUCCUCCUUCGUCAUAUAUCGUAGGCGGCAUGGAGGCACAGUCCAACCAGUUUCCCUGGACAGUCCUGCUGGGUUACGAAGCCUACACAGCAAAGCAGCGACCGUCUCCCAUGUGUGCGGGCUCCUUGAUCGCCAGUCGCUAUGUGCUGACGGCAGCCCAUUGUUUGAAUGUGAAUGACUUCUACGUGGCACGUGUGCGCCUGGGCGAGCAUGACACCGAGAACGAUCCCGACUACACCUGGCUGCCGAAUGGAGCCAAGAUAUGGGCUCCAGCGCACGUGGACAUCGAUGUGGAUCUGAGGGUUCCGCACGAGCAGUACUACACGAGAAAUGGAAGACACUACAACGACAUUGCUCUGUUGCGUCUGAAGAGUCGGGUGAAAUACACUCUUCAGAUCAGACCCAUUUGCAUUUGGCCUGGCAUUGAAUUGUCAACUUCCUCCUUCAAAAACUUCCCUUUUCAAAUUGCCGGCUGGGGCGAUUCGGGUCUGCAGCAAAAAAGCACCGUACUUCGCCAAGGCACCAUCAGUGGAAUGAGUCCGGAUGAAUGCUUGAAUCGGUAUCCAACACUGCUCGUCGAUAAGGACAUCCAGAUAUGUGCCAUGGGAUGGGAUGGCACCGACACCGGACUGGGAGAUUCCGGUAGCCCGCUGAUGGCUUCGGUGGGCAGGGGUGCUGAUCAAUUUUAUUACCUAGCCGGAAUAACGUCCUACGGAGGGGGACCCUCCAGUUACGGAUAUGGGCCAGCGGUUUACACGAAAACUUCCUCAUAUUAUGAGUGGAUAAAGAAGAAAAUCAAUGAUAUCGCUGAAGAUGAACGUAAAAUGAAAUACAAAUCUGUAAGAAUACCAAUUUAAUUUAACGUUAUUAAAAUGAUACUUUUUAUGCAUGCAG